AUGCCAACCACUGUUUCCUCAAGAAGUCCAGAGGCUCUUCUCUCAUUCACCACAAAUACAGCGACAUCAUUAUUGCCAUGUUCAUCUAAAAAGCUGCAGAAAAACAAUCCAAUUCACAAAUCAAAUACAAAACAUCACCUCCCACCAUUGAACGAAUUCAUUGCAACCGUAUUCAAGCGAUCCAAGCUCUCACCUUGCGUCUGUCUUGUUUCUCUCAUCUACUUACAGCGAUUAAAAACGGGGCUGCCUAGUCAUGCUCGUGGUGACAUUGAUACACCUUAUCGUCUCUUUCUAGCUGCAAUCCUUACUGCAUCGAAAUUUUUGUCCGAAACGGGUACAUGUCUUACUAGUCAAGCUAUUGUCGUCAUGACGGAUCACGCCUAUUCUCCAAAAGACGUAAAUUUAAUGGAACGAAGCUUUCUUGGUCUCAUCAAGUACAAUUUGUUUGUUAAUGUGGAAGCAAUCAAAGCAUAUUUAGACAUACAUGGAAAGACAUUGGAAAUGGAUCUAGUGGAAGAGGUUCUGGACCAACAUUUGUAG